AUGUCUUUUGCGACUGCUAAAUUUUCCACAAGACUAGGGACAGGAGGCUUUGGAGUGGUUUAUAAAGGGGAGUUAAAGGGUGGAACAAUGGUUACCGUAAAGCGGCUCGAAAACACAGGGCAAGGAAGGAUUGAAGAGUUUCUAGCGGAAGUGAACACACUUGGGAACAGACACCAUAUCAACUUGGUGAAGCUAAUCGGUUUCUAUGUGGCGAAGAGCCACAGAAUUUUAGUUUAUGAAUAUAUGAGCAAAGGGUCGUUGGACAAAUGGAUCUUCCAUGGAAACAGUAGCUUCUAUCUUGAUUGGAAAACGAGGAAGAAGAUUGUCCCGGAUAUAACCAAAGGGUUAGCAUAUAUCCAUGGUGAUUGCAGACAGAGGAUUGCUCAUUUAGAUGUGAAGCCCCAAAACAUUCUUGUUGUCGAUGCUUUCAAUGCCAAAAUUUCUGAUUUUGGGCUGUCCAAGUUGAUUAACAGGGACGAGAGUGAAGUAGUGACACGGAUGAGAGGCACGUUGGGGUACUUGGCGCCCGAGUGGCAACACGCGAGAAUCUCGGUGAAAACCGACAUUUAUAGCUUUGGGAUAGUUGUACUUGAAGUUGUGACUGGAAGGAUGAUUUUAGAUUACAGUCAACCCGAUUCCGAUGUGUGUUUGCUUAAACUGCUGAACAAGAUACGGAUGGAGAGUCGAUUAAUGGAUAUCAUUGAGCUUCAGAAUGUAGAUGUCCAACAACACUUCGAAGAAGUUAAUGCCAUGAUAUUGCUCGGAAUUUGGUGCGUCAAUGAAGAUCAUACAAGACGACCGUCUAUGAAUUCUGUGGUGAAGUUGGAAGAAGACAAGAUACCGGCCUUUGACUAA